UGCCAACCAGGACACCAACGUUUGAUGGUGUUGAUGAAUAAAUGUAGCACAGUUUUGACUUGUGUUGCGUUUUUCAGUAUAAUUGUAUUUUGGACGUUCCCCUGAUUAGUAUAAUGUCAAAUCUUACUGACUGGUAAGAAAUGUAUCUUCCACUUUAGGUAAAGCAGAUCUGAGACCCUGAGGUCACCCUAUAGUAAAAAAUCUAUUAAAACCCAAACAUCAUCGAACAAAGUUGAUUCUUGAUUUCCACACUUUCAUAUUACUUGGUAAUGACAUUUUUAUUCUGAUAGAAAGAUGUGUGUAUUCAAAAACCACAAGCUAUAUUCACACAGAUUAUUAUCAAAUUAUUUGAAUAUGAAUGAAUAUGAGUGAAAUGUGUGUAAUGCAAAAAUGUGUAAGCACAUACAGGCUACGACAACGCAUCACUUUGAAUCUAUGGACUAAAAAUACGGCCGGCAAUAUGAAUCAGUUGGUGAAAUUAUGUUUUGUGCGCACCUAAAUGGCCAAAAAUAUGAUUGUAAUUUAAAUUAAUUAUUAAAUGCUGUAAAUCAAAUCUUAAUAACUGUACAGUUAAACCAUACUUAAUAGUCACAGAAAUGUACGCACGCUGUCCAGUAAUAAGGGAAAGUGUUAAACGAACAGCACACAAUAACUACUACCAGCCUGUGGACUUUUUAAAUACGUGUUGUGGACGAGGUACAGGAGCACCUGGGAUCCCAAUUUAACAAAAAUAAAUCCCAUUCUAAUAGUGAUGGGACACCGGCGGAGAUGACUUAGGCAACUGAGACCACAGCUGUCGCCGUACUCCCAAGUAUGUGCACGCGUGCGUGCGUGUGUGUGUGCGUGUGUAAAAGCCACCACUAGUCGCCCCCAGUGUUCUUCAGUCUCCGCUCUCCUUUUUCACCGCAGACUGAACGUCACGUCCGCACUUGAACUUGAGUUUUAUGUCAUUGUAGAAACCAGAGAGCCACACAGAGCCACAGAGAGUCCACACAACCCGGGGAUGCGGGACUCUCAGCUAGCACAAAGAGAUAAGAGGGUAGCACUCUAUCCUCAAACCAGCACAGGCCUUUGACUUAAAGAGUUUAAGUGUAAUCCGCCGCCCGGCUGGUACUGCCAGUGCAGCAGAAGAAGUGCCCACCUCUUGGCGACAACUCGAAGUGCUAAGAAAAAAUAAAUUGGAUUCCUAUUUUACACGCUUUCAGACGUGAAUUGCCGUCACUUCACCUGCUUUCUCUGGACAGGGACACGGGGUGUCCAGGUUGGCCGGAGAGUGGACACAGGUAGUAACUGACCAUCCGCAGGUGCCGCCGACCUCCCGCGACUUGCCGCUUUUUCAUUCCACUCCAUCGCGCUCCCUUCUUCGCUCUCAGCUGACAGAUGGUGUGAAAGCGGCAGAAGCCAAAGUCGGACUAUCCUCCUUUCUCACCGUCACCUCUGACUGAAGAGGGAAGCGCGCAACCACGUUGGCACCGCACUCCGACCGAGCGUUAGUCCGCCCAGCGCUGUCCCACGGCUGGUCACAGAAGAGCACAGGAGCCGCUGCCCGCUGGAAGGAUAUCCGUCGCGCAGGGGUCAGUUCGAGGACCACAUUAGGGGGCAGUGGAGAACAGUUAGUUUGGAGUGGUCAGCGAACGGCGGGUUUUGGUGCCAGUCACUAUACAGGAGCUGCAGCAGCAGGCGGAGAGUCGACCCUUCCAGCGCCGCUCUCCGGGCGAUGCCAGUGUAAAUGCUAGGGCGAUGUCCCGACGCAAGCAGGGGAACCCGCAACACCUAUCCCAGAGAGAAAUAACAUUGGAGGUCGAGCAUCCAGAUGGCCACCUGCUUUCUGAACCCCUACCACCUCAUCUGCUCAGCCUGUCCUCCCACCGACUCAACCUACCAACCCAUACAUUGGAGCCUAGUCUGGUCCAUACCCUGCCAUCUAGCCUGCAUGCUGACCACGACCUGUUGACUUGUGGCCAGUGUCAGAUGACCCUCCCUUUGGGCGACAUUCUCCUCUUCAUUGAGCACAAGAAGAAGCAAUGCCAAAUCUCACUGCUGGCCAAUGGUUGCUGUGACAAGGUUAAUGACCGGGGAGGAAGUGGAGGGAGUCCACCUCUGCAGAGCCUUCAUCACCAAGUGCAGCGAGGGGAGUUGAGGAAGAUGGUGGAGCCAGUGGAAAUUGGCAUCCAGGUGACUCCUGAGGAGGAGGAAGUGGGAGGUGGGGAAAGGGGAGAGAGGAUGCCAACCAAAGGAAUUUGCCCGAAACAGGAAAACACACCGGCAGGUAGGCAUGAGGAAAACACACACACUUUCAAGAUAUAGUUCAAGGUUGGGAAAAUAAAAAAAAAUUAGAAUUAGAAUUAGAUGAGAAGAUUCAUGUUAUGUUGAUAUGUUAGGUAGAGGCAGAAACAACAAACAAUAGCUAGGCUAAGCUAGGCCAGCCACAUUUUGUCUCCACAUAGUUUCACUUUCAGAAGAAAAAUUAUAAUUAUGUUACCCAACAUUCCUAACUAUCCCAUUGUGGAAGGAAAUAAGGAAUAGAAGUACAGAUGGCCAGGUAUUCAGGACAGUGCCAAGCCUGCAACCUUUCAUUUUUUGACUUAUUUUUGAUCAAAUAUAUAACACACGUACAAAAACUUACUAACUACUAAAUUGACCUUUUCUGCUUUUGUGGGGGCAUCCUACUGAA